UGCUUUUCACAUGAUCUGUAAGCUUUCACAGAGGAGAGGCUGGAAUGUGGAGAGGAACGUCAACAACGAUGGCUGAGCGAAGCCACAGUAUCUCCAUAACGCGUUUAUUUUACACUGUGGCCAUCUGGGUGACAUUCAUCCACUGCACCAAUGGAAUUCCAUGGACACAAGAGAAGCUCCAUCACCAAGCUCUAACUCUAACACAAGAUGAGGUCCGUACCGCCCUGUCUCACACUGACCUGGAGCAGAUGUGGCAAAGGGACCUGAGGCCGCUGCUGGUUACCAGGUACCCAGGCUCUGCAGGCAGCCAGGCCGUGCAGGAGCAUAUCAAAACAACCCUUGGUUCCCUCGGAGCACGUUGGGAAGUGACGGAGGAUAAGUUUGUGUCACAAACACCCUAUGGCCUCCUGCCCUUCACUAACCUAAUUGCCACCCUCAACCCAUCAGCCAAGCGCCGCCUGGUCCUGGCCUGUCACUACGACUCCAAGUAUUACCCACCACAAUGGCACGGGAGGGAGUUCCAAGGUGCCACUGAUUCUGCUGCUCCCUGCGCCAUGAUGUUGGAGCUGGCACGAGCCCUGGACGAAGAACUGAAGGCUCAGAAGAGCGCCAGUCCCGACCUGACCCUGCAGUUGCUCUUCUUUGAUGGAGAGGAGGCUCUUUUCCAGUGGACCUCCACAGACUCCCUGUAUGGCUCUCGCCACCUGGCCCAGAAGAUGGAGACCACCCCACACCCCGCCGGCGCCACAGACACCAACCAACUGCACGGCAUAGAUCUGUUUAUGUUGUUGGACCUGAUCGGAGCGCCUAGUCCACACUUCGGCAACCAGUUCCCCAGCACAAUGCACUGGCUCUCCAGACUGCAGAGCAUUGAAAAGCGUUUACACUCCAUGAACCAGCUUGUGGAUCAUCCUAACAGCGUGCAAUAUUUCUGGCCCAAUCAUCCUGUUGGCCAGAUACAAGAUGAUCAUAUACCAUUCCUAAACAGAGGUGUACGUAUCCUCCACCUUAUCCCCUCCCCCUUCCCGUCUGUGUGGCACACGUUUGAUGACAACGAGCAGAACCUGGAUCGCUCCACCAUUCAGAACCUCAACAAGAUCCUGCAGGUUUUUGUUCUGGAGUACCUCAACGCUAGACCCAGCAUCCCUUCAAACCCACAGAAUGCCCCGUAAAAACCCCAGCAUCGACGACUUUCCUUUUUUUGACUUUUCACUGUAGUAAAGAUCUUCAGCUGUUAUUUUAUAGACUUAAAGAAUACACUGUCUUUAAUGCUAUUUUAAUCGCCAACAAUAUGUAUUCCAUGACCUUAAAAUUGAGAUGUGAGGUUGAGACUCAUCUCUGCACAUCACAUAGAUGCCAACUGCAGAAAACAUUUUACAUAGAGAAUAUGUUUAGAGAUGCUUCAUUUCAUCUACAGGGACAGGUACAUUUUUUUAUUUUGAAAUCUUUGUCUAAACAUAUUUUGGCUCAUGUAAGAGUAUGUGAAAUAUAUUUUCUUCUCAAAAUGGGUUCACAAGAGACUUCAGGACUCUGAAGCUUCGUCUUCCCUUCAAGUCCUAAGUCCCCAGCAACAAGACCAGCACACAGGAUCUUCUGUGUGUUUUUUUACUACACUGCUCUCUUUAUAUCAGCCUAAACCCCUUGUUUACGCUGUGAGGAGGCAUCUUGGUGUCAGUGCUAAUGUGUAGGAUCUGGUGCCUCAAAGAGCAGUGCAGAGGUAAAAAAUAACAACUGUGAGAAGUUACAAAUGCAAUGACACCCUUUAUUUUACAAAUUUCCCUGCCGACAUUGAAACACAUUCAUGAAAAUAUCCCCAAAGUUGGUGAUAAUUUCAUUAUCGUUGCUUUGGGGACACCUGUAGCCUAAAAACACUUGCUUAUAGUCAUGUAAUAACAUCCAGAAUCCCUGAUCUGUUAUGUUGUGUGAUAAAUAUUUACAACAUGAUGCUACCAAAACAUACGGGGCAGAAUAUAAUGACAACACACAUGAGACAGCGUCACACUGUGUGUCUUAGCUACUGAGUAUGUGACAUUUCCUCUCCUACAGUAAUUCCGUUCAGUGUUUAAAGAGAAAACCUGUUAGGGGCAGGAAGUGGGUUUACAACAGCUUUGGCCCUUUAUAUCCUGUCAUCUUAGAUAGUGAAGUGGAUAACUUCCUGUGCUGAUGUUUCACGUGCCUGCCUUUGUUUAUAUGACAUUAUUAGCCAGAUUUAAAUGCAGAUCCCAGAAUAAUAUACAGUGCCAAAACUGGACUUCCUGUAUUUUGAGAGUGAAAUAAAUGUUGAUUAAGAAUA